AUGGGAGUUUCACGGGGGGCUUUUCAGUUACCAAACUAUUUUUUCUGGAACCGUUGGCAGCAACUUCAACAACCAGGACAAUGGAAAUCUGGACUAAUCGACUCAUGGGACAGAAAAAAUCAGGACUCUCCUAUCGCUGAACUGCUGCAAACGAUGAUUGUUUUUGACGAGUUCGGUCGACCCCACAAGCCCAAUGGAAUAGACCCGUCACAGAAAUCCUCUGUUAAAAUUGCUGCCCUGGACCAUCACAUACUACCAAACCCAAAUCCUUUCAUUCAUCACAGAAGGAGGAAACGAAAUUUUCUUUCCCGUGCUACACUGUGGGAACAAAAGACUGUUCCUUAUGAAAUACAACAAGGGGUUUCAGCCAGCAUGAGAGAAAAAAUCAACGAAGCCAUCAAGGCCUUUAACGAUCUGACAUGUGUAAAGAUUCAACCUCGCGCACAAGCUGGAAAUCUUCCUCACAAUUCUUUUAUUUAUUUCGUCAACGGACAGGGUUGUUCUUCCUAUGUUGGACGACAGCAAGGAGGUCAGCAGAGAAUAACCCUUCAGGACCCAGGUUGUAAGCAGACUAAGGUCGUAAUCCAUGAAUUGAUGCAUGCGAUUGGUCAAAUGCACGAACAGCAGAGAUCGGAUAGAGAUGAGUACAUCGAAAUUUUGUACGACAAUGUCCCUAGUGAUCAGAGGCACAACUUUGACAAAGAAAACACACACGACAGAACACCUUACGACGUAGAAUCCAUCUUACAAUACCCAUUGACGUCGUUUGCUAUAAAUUCUGGACAACCUACGAUGAAAUUAAAGGAUCCACGACUAGAGGCCCUUGUGGACACAGCACAGUCCUUCACGCACAACGACCUGAAAGAGAUCACAAUGGCUUAUCAAUGUGCUGCUGAUUGUCAAAAUCCACCUUCUUGUCAAAAUGGAGGAUUUGUCGCCCACACCUGUCAGUGUAUGUGUCCGCUCGAUCUGACAGGCACCAGGUGUGAAAGCGUCACAACAGACACAGGAUGUGGCGGUUUGAUCGAGUUAUCCUCUGGGCAGAAUCAAUCCAUCCAGUCUCCAAACUACCCCAACAUGAUACCGGUCAAUCGUCAGUGCGUCUGGCUCAUUAAGGUGAGGUUUUGUAUUGGAAUUGGUCCCACGAAUUCGAAUAUUAGAUUGACCAUUCAGAAUCUGGAACUGGCGAGAAACACAAGGCAGUCCAACUGCUACCAUUGGCUAGAAAUCAGAUACCAUUUACCCGGGCAGACUGGAAUUAGACAAUGCAACGCACCAGCAAACCAACAGUUCACAACGACAAAUGAUGGCGAAAGAAAUGUCAUGAUCCUCAAGUUUGAUAGCAAGUUUUCCAGAGAUGUUCAGCCAUCUGAGAAUCACAAGUUUAGUCUGAUGGUGGAAGCUGUAGGGGGAAGCAUAAACUCAAAUCCAUGUAAUCCUAACCCCUGUCGAAAUUCCGGAACCUGUAACGUAUCCGGUUCAGCGUAUGAAUGCACUUGUCGUUCUGGAUGGACGGGGACCAACUGCGAUGUGGAAACCCAAUCGUGUCAACCAAACCCUUGUCAAAAUGGCGGGACAUGUUCAAUUGUCGGAAACAGUAUUACAUGCAGCUGUCCUUCGCGAUAUGUGGGUCCAAACUGUGAAUCGACUACAGCAUUCCAAUUACCCACCGGAUUCUACUGGUAUCCAUGGGAAAUGUACAAACAGCAAAAUGAAUGGAGGCCAAAUUUGAUAAACUCGUGGGACCGAAAGACACAGGACACACCCAUUGCAAACUUGCUACAAACAAUGAUAUAUUACGAUGACAAUGGACGGCCUCAUAAGACCAGAAUAGUCAUACACGAAUUAAUGCAUGCCAUUGGACAAGCGCAUGAACAGUCCAGAUCCGAUCGUGACGACUAUAUUGACAUAUUUUAUUCAAAUAUUGUACAAGGCCAGGAACAAAAUUUCAACAAUAAUAACCCCACGUUUGACAGGACUCCGUAUGAUGCCGAGUCACUUAUGCAAUAUCCAUUGAACGCUUUUUCAAGUAAUGGAAAUCCCACAAUGAAGUUGAAAGAUAGUCGACUGGAGGCCCUGAUAGACACUUCCCAAACUCUCACUCACAGUGACGUACAGGAAAUAAAUAUAGCCUAUCAAUGCGCAGGUUGUGGAGGAAUUAUUGACUUGGCCGCUGGUCAGCAACAAACUAUCAAAUCCCCGAACUAUCCCAGCGCUUACAGUGUGGACACGGAAUGUGUGUGGAUGAUCCGGGGACCAACGAACUCCAAUAUAAGACUAACAAUUCAGGAACUGGACUUGGCCAGGAACGCUCAGGCAACUACAUGUUACCAUUGGCUAGAGAUUAGAUACAACCUCGUCAGUCAAACUGGAAUAAAGGAAUGCAAUCAACCGCAAUCACAAAGCCAACAGUUUACUACAACAGAUGAUGGAAACAAAAAUAUCAUGAUCAUUAAGUUUGACAGCAGACUUUCAAAAGAUCAGCAGCCUUCUCAGAAUCAGAGAUUUGAGCUACAGGUCGAGGCCAUUUCCGGAUCAACAUCCACAAAUCCCUGCAGUCCCAAUCCUUGUCAGAAUUCCGGAACUUGUAGUGUUUCUGGUUCAUCCUAUACAUGCACAUGUCCUUCCGGUUGGAGUGGCACAAACUGUGAUCAAGCUGCGCAAUCCUGCCAACCAAAUCCUUGUCAAAAUGGUGGAACGUGUCAAAUCUAUGGUGGAAGUUACAUUUGCAACUGCCCUUCUCAGUUCACGGGUGCCAAUUGCGAACAAUCUUCACAAUCAUGCAGUCCAAACCCGUGUAAUAAUGGGGGAACGUGUUAUGUAAAUGGAGGAUCUAUCUACUGUGUAUGUCCAUGGGUAUGGACUGGUCAAUACUGUGAUACCUACAUGUUUGGAAGAAAGUAAACCAUUUGGAUUUUGUUUCGCAUGUACAAGUCUAUUCCUAUAUGGCGUUCAAUAAAAUUUUAUCCUUUAAA